GACGGAAGAGAGAAGGCGCAAAUUGUAACAGAAAAAAGCGAGGAAAAUAAGAAGAGUUAGAGAAAUUCCCCGAGCGGCAUGGAGCCGAGUAAAGAUUUCGAUGGAGGCGGUGACGAAGGUGGAGGAAGUUCCGACGAUAAAUCAAAGCAAAUCGACAAUCAAAAGCCGGAGGAAGGAGGAGGAGGAGCCGCCGCCGGUGGUUUGAAGGGGAAAUCAUGUAAGGGUUACCUUUACUACUCUUCCGUUCUCAAAUCCAACGGCAGCAAUCCUCGCUGCAUCGGCAUUCCCCGUACCCUCCCUUCAGGAACUAAUUUUGGUGCUGGACGAAGUGAGCAUCAAUCUGAUAAAGAGAAGGAUCUCAAUGACUUUUACUAUGGUUGUGCCGGGUACUCGGUGUAUGUUAAUGGUGACCAUUCGGCAGACAAAGAAGAGUUAAAAACGCGCUUACCGGGCUGUAUCGGCCUGGAGUCCUUGCAGCUCCUAGUGAAUAAAAAAGUCAUCAAUUCAAGUACUUCUGCUCCAGCUCCUGCUCAACAUAGAGAAGAUAUGUUGUCUGUGGGUGUUAAAGAUGGGCGCAGCGAAUCCCCUCGUCCUCAGAUGCCGAAGCCACUCCAGACUCCAACUGACGACUUCUUAGCCAGGUUUACAAGGAAUGCGAACCUGGUUGCCUCAGGAGUUGCCAGGAACAUGAGGAGAGUAGGGAACCACAUAAAAGACACUGUAGAUGAUAUAUUUUUCCCCUUCAGAAGACGUCCCAAGUGAGGCUUCCCCGCCAGCCAGUGGACACCAGGGAAUCCAUAUAUAUCUUCAUCCAGAGAGAUCCCUUCUUGCUCCAUUCCCUGAGUUAAUGUACUAUUCAAGCUUUUGCCCCCCUCCUUUCAUAAAAUGCUUCCCCCAAUGGCCCUUGUUGCCAAGAAAAUAUCAGAACAUAGCAAAUAGCGGGAAGAAGAAAAUGUAUAAUUAUUUGGUUUUUUGACAGCUGCAUGAUGAUCAAAUCUGUACUCCCAGUAUCGUUUUUGGUUUCGAGGCCAUUAUUAGUCUCUAUUUGAGGUCUAUUUCAGCAGUUUGCAUGACAGGGGAAAUCUUGUUACCUUCCAACUGGUGUUCUCGCUCCUAAAAAGAGGACAGGCCUAGAAAAUGUACUAUUGCUCCUGUAUUUGAAGACCAAAAUUUGAUCUAUUGGGAACUAUCACUAGUAUGUUUGUAUAUUAUGAGUAUGAGUGCAGGGG